UAUAUACGGACUAGGGCCACUGUUUGACUUGGUAGUCAGUCGCAACUUUCGUCGUAGAAGCAUCUGAUCGGCAGGCAGCAGACGAGUCCUGUACGAGCGCACAAUCACAAAAGGUUCCCUUAGAUUGGUGCGAUCUCCCUUGUUAUCUAGACUUUAUAGACCUUGUUCAUUGUUUUUCAGCUGCUCAUCGCGUGACAACAUGAGUCUAAAGAAGAAAAUUUGCGUUGUUGGAUCAGGAAAUUGGGGCUCAACCAUUGCUAAAAUCGUUGGGCACAAUGUUGUUAAGUACAAUGAACAAUUUGAAAGUCAGGUGUCCAUGUGGGUUUUUGAGGAAAUGAUUGAUGGCAAAAAGCUAACUGAAAUCAUCAAUGAAACCCACGAAAAUGUGAAGUACUUGCCCAAUCACAAAUUGCCAACGAAUGUUAUUGCUAUUCCAGAUGUAGUCGAGGCAGCUAAAGAUGCUGAUAUUUUGAUCUUUGUUAUUCCCCAUCAAUUUAUCACAAGGAUCUGUGAACAGCUUGUGGGAAAUAUCAAAGCAACUGCUUUUGGACUUUCACUAAUCAAGGGUUUCUUGCCCGUUCCCGGAGGUGGUAUCGAAUUGAUUUCGCAUGCCAUCAACAAGAAGCUGAACAUCCCCAUCGCUGUCUUGAUGGGUGCUAAUCUUGCCCCAGAAGUGGCCGACGAAAAAUUCUGCGAGACCACAAUUGGAGCCGCUUCACUGGAGAACGGGAACGUUCUGCGCGAUAUUAUCCAAACUGAGUAUUUCAGGGUGGUGGUUGUGAAUGACGUGGAAGCUGUAGAAAUGUGCGGUGCCUUGAAGAAUAUUGUGGCUUGCGGUGCUGGAUUUGUCGAUGGCCUAGGCUACGGCGACAACACAAAGGCAGCCGUCAUCCGUUUGGGAUUGAUGGAGAUGAUUAAAUUCGCCGAGCUGUUCUAUCCGGGAUCCAAACUGUCCACCUUUUUCGAAAGCUGUGGUGUGGCCGAUCUGAUCACAACUUGCUAUGGUGGUCGUAACCGACGUGUUUCCGAGGCCUUCGUAAAGAGCAAGAAGAGCAUUGCUGAGUUGGAGAAAGAAAUGCUCAAUGGUCAGCAACUUCAAGGACCUGCAACGGCAGAAGAGGUCAACUUUAUGCUCAAAGCCAAAGGCAUUGAAGACAAAUUCCCUCUUUUCACGGCUAUUCAUCGAAUUUGUCUAGGAGAGCUCUCCCCGGAGCAGAUGGUCGAUUGCAUCCGCAACCACCCCGAGCACAUGGCCGAUUCGCGAGCCAAGCUUUAAGUCAUCUUCCCACUACUUUUUUUCUGGUACUUUAUUUGACUGUAGCAACCAAUUAUUUACUUUCUCUCGCGUGUGCCUGAUUUUGCCACUUCCGACCUACCAAAGUUUCAGCCAUUUCUCAGCAACGCGAAAAAUUCAAAAUAUUUGCCGAGCUGAGAGUAAAGUUGUUUACAAGAUGUAUCUGGGUUUGUUAAGUAGAAUAACUGUGGGUUUGUUUUGGAAUUUGUUUAUCUAUCGUUGUUGGAUAAUUUGUUUGUCAACUUUGAAAUACAUACUUGGCAACGCA